AUGGUCAUUACCGGAGACAACAAGAGCACUGCUGAAGCAAUCUGCCGUGAAAUUGGAGUAUUCAAAGAAAAUGAGGAUAUCUCUUCAAGAAGCUUGACUGGAAAAGAGUUUAUGGAUGUUCAAGAUCAGAAGAAUCAUCUAAGACAAACUGGAGGGCUCUUGUUCUCGAGGGCUGAACCAAAGCACAAACAAGAGAUUGUUAGGUUACUCAAAGAAGAUGGAGAAGUGGUUGCCAUGACUGGAGAUGGAAUCAAUGAUGCUCCUGCACUGGAGUUGGCUGAUAUAGGAGUUGCUAUGGGCAUUGCCGGCACAGAUGUAGCAAAGGAGGCUUCUGACAUGGUGCUAGCAGAUGAUAAUUUCAGCACAAUCGUUGCAGCUGUUGGUGAAGGCACAUCCAUCUAUAACAACAUGAAGGCUUUCAUCAGGUACAUGAUCUCUUCCAACAUUGGUGAGGUUGCAUCGAUAUUCUUGACAGCUGCUCUUGGAAUCCCAGAAGGCAUGAUCCCAGUUCAGCUUCUGUGGGUGAAUCUCGUAACAGACGGUCCUCCAGCUACAAUUCUUGGAUUCAAUCCCCCUGAAAAGGAUAUUAUGAAGAAGCCUCCUUGCAGAAGCGAUGACUCGCUAAUCACUCCCUGGAUCCUCUUCUGUUAUAUGGUGAUUGGUAUGUAUGUGGGAGUUGAAACUGUGGGAGUAUUCAUCAUAUGGUACACACACAGUAGCUUCAUGGGCAUAGACUUGAGCCAAGACGGUCACAGCCUUUGCUCUUCAUGGGAAGGCUUCAAAGUAUCUCCUUUCACAGCUGGCACUCACACUUUCUCGUUCGACACAAACCCAUGCGAAUAUUUCCAUCAGGGGAAAAUCAAAGCAUCAACACUCCCCCUCUCGGUGUUGGUGGCCAUCGAAAUGUUCAACUCCCUGAACGCACUCUCAGAGGACGGCAGCCUUGUGAUGAUGCCCCUGUGGGUGAACCCGUGGCUGCUCCUAGCGAUGGUUGUGUCAUUUGGGCUCCACUUUGUGAUACUAUAUGUGCCGUUCUUGGCUCAGGUGUUUGGGAUAGUGCCGCUGAGCUUGAACGAGUGGCCGCUGGUGUUGGUUGUGUCGCUUCCGGUGAUUCUGAUAGAUGAAGUUCUCAAGUUUGUAGGGAGGUUGACCAGUGGUUAUCGGUACUCACCUCGCACUCCCUCUGCGAAGCAAAAGACGGAGUAG